UCCGGCCCUACGAAAGCCCGGCGAAGGACUCGAGAGCGGGGCCAGCGGCAUGAAAGCCAGCCUCACCGCCCGCUGAUGCCCCGCAGUCGGACCUCGAUGGAACGGCAUAAAAAAAUUUCGAGGCGGAACUCCAAAAUUCUUCUUUUUCCUUUCUUUUGGGGGGGAACAGUCGGUCGAUUCAGCCAAAGAACUCGUCGCUGUAUCCCCCGCCGACCACCCUUUCUUCACAACUUCAUUCACCGGCUCAAUUGCCAUUUGAUCAUUUGUUGUUGCGCAGAAAUGCCGGCGACAAACGGUCCCAGCGCCAGUGAGGGUGUCCUCGACUUCCGGAAGGCUGUUGAGCUCCUCCAGGACUACGAGCACCGAGAUGGCCUCAGUGUGGAUGACCUCAUGGACUCUAAGCUCCAGGGUGGUUUGACAUACAAUGACUUCUUGGUUCUCCCCGGCUACAUUGGCUUCCCUGCCUCUUCCGUCGCGCUUGAUUCGCCAAUCACCAAGAAGAUCACCCUGAAGACGCCAUUGGUCUCCUCGCCCAUGGACACGGUCACCGAGCAUGACAUGGCGAUCCACAUGGCGCUCCAGGGUGGUCUCGGUGUGAUCCAUCACAACUGCGCUCCCGAGGCGCAAGCCGACAUGGUGCGAAAGGUCAAGCGUUAUGAGAACGGCUUCAUCCUGGAUCCCGUCGUCAUCAAGCGGGAGACGACGGUGGGUGAGGCCAUCUCUUUGAAGGAGAAGUGGGGAUUUGGUGGUUUCCCGGUCACAGAAUCCGGCAAGCUGGGAUCCAAGCUCCUGGGUAUUGUCACGAACCGUGACAUUCAGUUCGAGGACGAUCUAAGCAAGCCAGUGUCCAAUGUCAUGGUCACCGACCUCAUCACGGCCCCGGCUGGCGUUAACUUGAUCGAAGCCAACAAGAUCCUUGCCGAGUCCAAGAAGGGAAAGCUCCCAAUUGUUGACCAAGAAGGAAACCUCGUCUCGAUGAUCUCUCGCUCCGAUUUGACCAAGAACCUUGACUUCCCUCUCGCCUCAAAGACGGCCGAUUCCAAGCAGCUCAUCUGCGCUGCUGCCAUCGGCACCCGGCCCGAGGAUAAGAUUCGUCUGGCGAAGCUGGUUGAUGCUGGCUUGGACAUCGUUAUCCUCGACAGUAGCCAGGGCAACAGCAUGUACCAGAUCGAGAUGAUCAAAUGGGUCAAGAAAGAGUUUCCUGACAUCGAAGUCAUCGGCGGUAACGUUGUGACUCGGGAGCAGGCUGCUUCUCUGAUUGCUGCCGGUGUCGAUGGUCUCCGCAUUGGCAUGGGUAGCGGUAGUGCCUGCAUCACCCAGGAAGUUAUGGCCGUUGGCCGUCCCCAGGCCACCGCUGUCCACAGCGUGAGCUCCUUUGCCGCCAAGUUUGGCGUGCCUUGCAUUGCCGAUGGUGGCAUUCAAAACGUUGGCCACGUUGUCAAGGGCCUUGCCCUGGGCGCCUCGACCGUCAUGAUGGGCGGUCUCCUGGCUGGCACCACCGAGUCUCCCGGUACCUCAUUCGUGUCCCGGGAGGGUAAGCUCGUCAAAGCCUACCGUGGCAUGGGCAGCAUCGACGCCAUGCAGGACAAGAAGGCUGGUGCCGGCGCCAAGGACAGCCAGAAGAGCAAUGCUGGCACUGCUCGUUAUUUCUCGGAAGGCGACAGCGUCCUGGUUGCCCAGGGUGUCUCCGGCUCCGUGGCACACAGAGGAUCAAUUUCCAAGUUCGUUCCGUACCUUGCUGCCGGUCUCAAGCACUCCAUGCAGGACUGUGGCAUGACUAGCCUUAAGGAGCUCCACGAGUGCGUGGCCAACGGCACCGUAAGAUUCGAGAUCCGCACCGCCAGCGCGCAGCUGGAGGGUGGCGUGAACAUGGAGUCGUACGAGAAGAAGCUCUACGCUUAGGUGACAUGGCCCGGUCUAGUAUGCGCGAUGAACGUAAACGGAAUGGAAAAAUGAAAUGACAUGGGAUGGCUACUGUGAUGUUACGGAGUUGGAUGGGAAUCGGUGGGGUCAUUGGGUCGCGAUCCUCCUGCAAAAUGGAGGAUCAACCUGCCUUCGGGUACACGUCUUUCUAGCACAUGCUAAAUAUACGGGAAUGCGACUGCUCUGCCAACAAUAAAAUCAUUGAUACCCA